CUACGGAAAUACAGGAGGUCGUCCCCACACGUGAUUGAUUCAGUAUGGCGGAGCUGUUGGCUAAAUGAUUUUUACAGUACCGACGGGUCCUAAAACCCUGCCCGUGGAUGCUCCUGAAGACUGGAGGGGAAAUAGCCAUUUGCCCUCAGGGGUGCUCAAUUCAGCCUGACUGGAAGGAAUCCUGUCACAACACACCACUGAGGUCUCCACCUGUGGCUCGGUGUGAUGAAGCCUUGAGAAACAACUGCUCUCUGUCCCUCUUUGGCCUGGCGCCUCCACCUGGCAGCACCAGCUUGCCUGGGAAAUACAUGGUGGUCACUGCCGCCACCACGGAGAUGCACUGACAGCCUCACUGCUCACCUCUCCGCCCCUGUCAAGUCUGCCUGGCAACAACAACCAUAACCAUGAGCUCUCACAGUCGAUCAGGUGGCUUGACCAGCAACGAACAGCCUGUGGAACUUCUUAAACCAGGCGCACUCAACCAUUUCGUGGAUGUGAGCACGGCAGCACUGCCCAUGCAGGUGCCCCCCGCCACCACAGCCAUCCUUCCCAUGGACCUACGCGUAGUGGACCACCCCCACCACCACCACCACCACCACCACCACCACCCGCAGCCCUCCUUCGGCCUGGCUCCCCAACCCCACCCUACACCGCCCGUCUCCACAGCUUGCCCCACGUCCUCCGAGCCAGGCCGCGGGACAGUCAUCAACCCCCCGGAGCAGCAGCUGCAGCAGGAGCUGGUAACUCUCAAACACAAGCAGCAGCUCCAGAGACAGCUCCUGAUCGCCGAGUUCCAAAGGCAGCACGAACAGCUGUCGCGACAACAUGAAGUCCAGCUGCAGGAACAUGUCAAGUCUUGUCUCUCUCUCCACCAGCACCAACAGGACUUACUGGCGCUCAAGCACCAGCAGGAGCUGUUGGAGCACCAGAGGAAGAUGGAGCAGCAGCGUCAUGAGCAGGAGAUAGAGAAGCAGCAGCGGGAACACAAACUCCUACAGCUCAAAAACAAGGAGAGGGGACAGGAGAGUGCAGUCGCCAGUACAGAGGUUAAGAUGCGACUUCAGGAGUUUGUCCUGAACAAGAAGAAAGCCCUGGCUCAGCGAAACCUAAACCACUGUCUGCCCAGCGACCCACGCUUUUGGUAUGGAAAAACCCAGCACAGCUCUUUGGACCAGAGCUCUCCUCCCCAAACAGCUUUGUCAGCGUACACCCACCCAAUGCUGGGCACAUACGACUCGAAAGACGACUUCCCCCUCCGCAAAACAGCCUCUGAGCCCAACCUGAAGCUUCGUUCCCGGCUAAAGCAGAAGGUGACAGAGCGCCGCAGCAGCCCUCUGCUCCGAAGGAAAGAUGGUCCCAUCACUACUGCCAAGAAGCGUUCCCUCGACUUGGCUGAGUCUGCAUGCAACAGUGCACCAGGCUCAGGACCCAGCUCCCCCAACAACAGCUCUAGUAACAUCCUAAGUGAGAAUGGGGUCACUAUCUCCAGCGGCCCAGGAGAGGUCUCCCUGCUUCAGAGGUUGGCUGCAAGGGAAGGUUCAGUUAGCCAGCUCUCUCUCUACACCUCCCCUUCUCUGCCCAACAUCACCCUGGGACUGCCAGCCACAGGCCCUGCUAGCACUCUGGUGUCAGGACACCAAGAUGGUGAGAGUCGUCUGGCGUUGCCUGCGUUACAGCAAGGCAUUCCUCUGACCCCUCCAUUCCUGCCCACGUCCCACCUGCCCUCCUACUUGGCAUCUUCAGCUCUGGACAGGGAGGGGGCCGGAGGAGGAACGGCUGGUCACAACCCCCUUCUCCAACACAUGGUACUGCUGGAGCAGAGCCACAAUCCAAUGGUUGGUCUGGCUGGCCUCCCACUACCAUCACCCUCUGUCUCUAAACUUGCGCGUGGCCACCGCCCCCUUGGAAGAACCCAGUCUGCCCCUCUGCCUCAGCAGCAAUGUGGACAGGCCCAAGCCCUGCAGCAGCUGGUGGUGCAGCAGCAACACCAGCAGUUCCUGGAAAAACACAAACAACAGUUCCAACAGCAGCAGCACAUAAUCAACAAGAUCAUGUCCAAGCCCGGUGAUCAGGUCUCCGCAGCGAGCUCCAGCACCUCAGGGCCAGGCAGGCAGCACCAGAGUCACCCAGAGGAGACGGAAGAGGAACUUAGGGAGCACCAGGGGCUCUCCCUCUCCUCCUCGUCCUCGUCCUCUCCAUCCACACAGGAGACCGGGCCUCUGCGAGGGCUGGUCAUCAAGCAGGAGCCCCCAGACCCCCAAGAGCAGGAGGAGAGAGAUGUUGAGCAGGAGUUCCUGUUCCGACAGCAGGCUCUGAUGUUAGAGCAGCAGCGGAUCCACCAGCUGAGGAACUACCAAGCCUCCAUGGAAGCAGCCGGGUUAUCAAUAAGCUUUGCUGGACACCGCCCCCUCUCCAGGGCUCAGUCAUCUCCAGCCUCCGCCUCCUUCCCAAUGGUAGUACAGGAGCCCCCUGCCAAGCCUCGAUUUACUACAGGACUAGUGUAUGACUCUUUGAUGCAGAAGCACCAGUGUAUGUGUGGCAACACCACCAGUCAUCCAGAGCACGCUGGCCGCAUUCAGAGUAUCUGGUCCCGACUACAGGAAACAGGCCUCAGGGCGCACUGCGAGUGUAUCCGCGGUAGGAAGGCCUCACUGGAGGAGUUGCAGACGGUCCACUCUGAAGCCCACGUCCUGCUGUACGGAACCAACCCACUGCGGCAGAAAUUAGACUGUUCAGUGAGUCCCAUGUUUGUGAGGCUACCAUGUGGAGGCAUCGGGGUGGACAGCGAUACCAUUUGGAAUGAGGUCCAUUCAUCCAGUGCAGCUCGUCUGGCCGUCGGCUCGGUGGUGGAGCUCGUCUUCAAAGUAGCAACAGGAGAGCUGAAGAAUGGUUUUGCUGUAGUUCGACCUCCUGGACACCACGCGGAGGAGAGCACGCCUAUGGGCUUCUGUUAUUUCAACUCAGUCGCCAUAGCAGCCAAGCUGCUGCAGCAGAGACUCAAUGUCAGUAAAAUCCUCAUCGUGGACUGGGAUGUUCACCAUGGUAAUGGCACCCAGCAGGCCUUCUACACAGACCCCAGUAUUCUCUACCUGUCACUGCAUCGCUACGAUGAUGGCAACUUCUUUCCUGGCAGUGGAGCACCUGACGAGGUGGGCAGUGGAGCAGGUGAAGGCUUCAAUGUGAACAUGGCCUUUACUGGAGGACUGGAACCUCCCAUGGGUGAUGCAGACUACCUGGCUGCAUUUAGGACGGUGGUUAUGCCUAUUGCCAACGAGUUUGCCCCAGACGUGGUUCUGGUAUCUUCAGGCUUUGAUGUGGUCGACGGACAUGCUCCACCCCUGGGAGGAUACAAACUGACAGCCAAAUGCUUUGGCUACCUGACCAGGCAGCUGAUGGGUCUGGCAGGCGGUCGGUUGGUGCUUGCCCUGGAGGGGGGUCACGACCUCACAGCUAUAUGUGAUGCCUCGGAAGCCUGCGUCUCUGCUCUGCUUGGCAAUGAGUUGGACCCCAUUCCGGACGAGGUUGUGCAGCAGAGACCGAAUGCCAACGCUGUCCACUCUAUGGAGAAAGUUCUUGAAAUACAAAGUAAAUACUGGCGCUCCCUGCAGCGCUCUGCCUCCACACUUGGUUGCUCGUUGAGCGAAGCCCUACGACAUGAUGUAGAGGAAGCUGAGACUGUCUCCGCUAUGGCCUCAUUGUCUGUCGCCAACAAGCACAUUGGAAAGAGGGCUGAAGAGGAGCCAAUGGAAGAGGAAGCUACUAUGUAAAAAAACAAACAUCCCUAGUCUUUGACCACUCAUACCAGUCUUCUUCUUUGACACAGUAUACACUCAGUGUCAAUUUAAAUGCCACUCCUAUGUCUCACCCCUGCCACAUCAAGCUGGCAUCUUAUUAUGGGAGAGAGGUAGCCGAGCUGACAAAAGUUGGCGCUCAAAGGAAAUGGAACACUGACGAUGAGCGAUUCAUUCACUGAUCAGCAGUGCACAGACUGAUCAGCAUAAAUGUGUUCCAUUGUCUCUCCAAGACCUUGGAUUACAGAGGAUUGACUCAACCAUCCCGCAGUGACAACCUCGAGUGCCAGUGCUUUUUUAAAACACUAGACAAGAUGUACUUUUUGAAUGCCAGUAGGAUCCAUACACAGACGAUGCAUAGUCAUCUACUUUUCUUAUUUUUCUGUUUUUUCUGUGCUUUAUCUUUCAUCAAAAACCACCAGAGCUAAUGUGAUUGUGACUCUUAAGAUAUCCGGACGAAUGGAACAAAGUGGUCGAAUUUCUUGCCGUUUUCAAGUUGGUUGACAAUGACAGAUGAGAAAGGUCAGCAGGUGUUCUCAUUCCAUUAUGACUGACAGUGAAAGACGUGUGCCUUUUUUUGUCUUUUUUUUUUUUUUUUUUUUUUCCAAACCUGGUGGAUUUUAUGUUGAACUCUACUGAAAGAGCAUUGCCUUAAAUACAGGUUUGGGAAUGAGGCCUCUUCUCCUCAACCCCUUAAACAUUUUUAUCCUAGCAAGACAUCCAAUGCCUGCAUGUUGUUGGCACAUAGACUGGAGGUCUUUGGCAUGUUUACCUAUAAUUCCCUGCAAGCAGCCUUCUGUCUCUCCUGUACCUUCAUCGAUUAAAUAAUCUCAUUUGAGAAGGUAGUCCCCAGCCACAAGUUGGAGGUGGUUCAGUUUAAAAGUUACAGGUGGAUUAGUAAUACUCAGUGGAACCACGUAUCAGAUACAGUCCCGUAGCCAGAGGUGUCCUCUCCUAAAGGACCAGCAUUACAUGCAUGUUGCAUCAAUCAUCAGUGGUUAGUAAAAACGUUUCUCAAUGCUCACAAUGAAUCUGCAUACAUUGCAGUGGAUGCAGCAAUUGUUAAUCACUCUAAUUGUUUUCCUUUAACUUGAAAAUGGAUGUAAAGUGGUUUAGUGGUACCUAAUGGGGGGCUAAGCGAUGCGCAAUAUGGGGGCAUUGGGGUCCCCUUGGCAACAGGCCUGAACAGAUAGGUAUCAGCUGUUCCCAAGAGAAGAGUUAAGUACCAUGCACUGCACUAGAGUAACAGCAGAAUCCUAUUCUAUGCAGUAGUUAGACAGUAAUGAAGCCAAAGCAUGAUGGACUUUCUCUGUAGAGUCAAACCCCUUCAUUUUUACAUUAGAAUCCGUCUCACCUUUUGCAGAUUAUUGAGGGAUAGAGAGGAAUUAAUCUCAUAUGGGCCAAUUUGUUGAACCAGCCCUCUCUUAAAGACAACUGUGUCUCUGUGGUAACAAUGACCAAACCACCUGGGAUUUUCCAGAGGGGUGUUCCAGUGCUGCACAGGCUCUCACAGCUGGCUUAACAUCUUCAGUCCCUUGUUAAGCACAUCUGCUCCCCAAAUGCCAGGUGCUGUGAGGCAGGUGUGUGUUCAUAUACAGUGACGCACAAGCUGCUCUUUAUAAAUAUUCAAGUGUAUAGUUGUUUUUUUAUGUUUUUAUAAGCAGUGUGGGAUAAUCCCAUCCAGAAUAAAUAUCCUUGCAACUUUGAAUAGAACAUGUAGCUCAGAUUAUGCUCUGGAUGCCGAAUCCGCCUGCAUUUGAUUAAAUCUCAAUCAUUUAUCAAAUCUGCAUUACAAAACUGAAUCCUUUUGAAUCAGUUUAUAUCUUAAUAUUUAAAAAAAGACA